AUGUCAUCUCAACAUUGCUCUCUCCAACUUUUUCAAAUCAACUUCUUAACAACACCACACUACAACAUCCCAACCCACAAACAAACAAUUAAAGAAAACCCACUCAAAAUGGCAGACCCCUCCCCCUCAAAAGUCUUAGACCAAAUGGAAAUCGACACCACUUCCGCCACCGUCGACGCCACCUCCUCCACAAAUUCCGCUCCCACCAACGAAGCCGCCGCAGUCUCACAAUCAAGAAUCGCUCUUGACGAAAUGUUCGCUGAAUACAAAGCCAAGAGAGAUAAAGACUACCACUACAACGUCAUUCCCAUUCCCGAUCUCCUUCGCCAUCUCAGCGAGCGUGGCAUCCAACCAUCCUUCAGAGAUGCAAUGGUUGUUAUGCUUCUUCUCGAUGAUGAGAAUCGUUCUUUGGCACACCAAAACUUUCAUUUCACGCAUGGUACUGCUAAUUGUUUUGUUGCCGAGAAUUCCAAUCUUGUGUACGAGGAAGAUUUUGGAGAACGUGAAGUUGGAGAUGCUUCACCAGGUCGCCAAGUUCAGGUCGGUGAUGAUCAAUCUGGAGGUGAGCAGGUUGAUAAGCCGGAUAUGAUGGACGUCGAACAAUCAGAGCUUUCCUCUGAUCAUUCUACUCAACAUCAAGCCUCCGAGGAGCUUUAG